GUGGCUAAAUUAGCGAUUGGCCUUGUCAAUCGGAAUCUUUGACAUCUAUGUAACUACGCACACUUUUAAUAUAUAAGAGAUUUGAUUACAAAAAUGAGGAAUGGUAGGAGUUUUAUUUAAGUCAGAGAAUAGGGAAGAAAAUAUACCGGAGGUAAAAACGCCUGAGUGAUCCACUGAGUCUACAACAGCAUUAUUAAUUCGGGUAGGAAUUCUUCUAAAGAACGGGGGAAAAUUCGCAUCCUCACAACCAGCUACAAUAAAAACUAAGGCUAACGGAUUGUACACACGUGAUAAUUUUUGGUCAAUAACAAAAAAAUUGCUGAUAAAUAAUGGACAAACCAGUUGUCUGUGCUCGCGUUAUAAAAGUUUUGGGGCGCACCGGCUCCCAAGGCCAAUGUACACAGGUAAAGGUAGAAUUUAUAGGAGAACAAAACCGUCAAAUUAUUCGCAAUGUGAAAGGGCCUGUGCGGGAAGGUGAUAUUUUGACUUUACUAGAGUCAGAGCGCGAAGCAAGAAGAUUGCGAUAAAUGGAAUGUGUUGACGAUUGUUGUAAAAACUUUUCAACCUAUGUAUAAUUUUUCGUUUUCAAUUUGAAUGCGCAAGCAAUCAGCAAAUAAAUUUGAUAUCUUCUUAAAACUUGAACGCUUGAAAUUUCAUUACAUGCAAUAUUUUAGUGGUAACUAUUCGUGUGAAUUGACGACAUACCGCACCGUACCGAUUGCAGGAAGUAUCGCGCAUUUACGGAACCAGAAUUUUUCUUGUGCAAGAAAAUCCGUGAAUUGUGAGCUGCAUAUUAUGCAUAUUAUGCGUUUUGAGUAAAUUUCAUGCGCUCUGUGCGCUAUGAGUAAAUACAAGCAGGAAAUUCUCGAUAGCCUUCAAAGUCGAAUAUCAUUUUCAGGUACCAAGCAAAAUUUGAGUGAAGAUCAGAUAUUUAUAAAAAUCUCGUAUAUGGGAUUAAAACAGUGAUCAGGUGUUGCGUUAGAAGGAAAGCGAAACGCAAGUUAUUGGCACUGCUUAUACGAUAGACAAAAAUCUACAUGAUAAAUUAGAUUUUGUUUGUAAAAUUGCUACAUCAUCGCCCAUAGAACACGCAUUCAAACCUUUCUAUCCUUAUCUGUUAUAAUUUAUUAGUAAUGACAAAAACGAUUUUUCAUUCCUUUUGAAAAACAGAGGCGUCCUCAGUUUACGUGAUGCUGCGUGCGUAUCGUUCGACAGGUUUGGCCCCUUUUCAAUGCCAAGCUGCAUGAGAAUAUUUCAAAUGUUUUGCCAAAUUUGAAGACGAUGGGUUCAUUUUUGCGACCAAAAGGGAGUUUACAACAAA